AUGUAUCAAAACUACCAAGGUGCAAUGGCUAUUGUAACAAAAUAUGGUAAACCUGACAUCUUCCUAACCAUGACUGCAAAUCCAAACUGGCCUGAGGUGAGAGAAAAUCUCCUUCCACACCAAACAGGCAAUGACAGGCCAGAUGUUAUCAGUUGUGUCUUUCACCUGAAACUCAAGGAACUUUUAUGUGAUCUUCUUCGAAGGAAUGUUUUGGGAAACGUGGUUGCAUAUGUUUAUACAAUUGAGUUUCAGAAAAGAGGCUUGCCACAUGUACACAUGGUUCUCUUUCUCUCAGAUGCUGAUAAACCACAUGCAGCAGAAGAUGUUGAUAGGUUAGUAUCUGCAGAGAUUCCAGAUCCAGAACAAUUCCCAGAUUUCCAUGAAGUGGUUAAGAAACACAUGAUCCAUGGACCUUGUGGUGAACUGGAUCCACACUGUGUUUGCAUGCAAAAUGGGGAAUGCAAGAAGAACUUUCCAAAAGCAUUAGCACAGGAAACAAUGUUUGAGGUUCGUGGGUACCCUGAGUACCGACGACGAGGGCAGUAUCGUGCACAGCUACGUCGUCAUUUGGUAAAUGACUCCUGGGUGGUUCCUUACAAUCCUCACCUUCUCAUGAAAUUUAAUUGCCACAUGAAUGUAGAAGUUUGCAGCACAGUCAAAAGUGUCAAGUACAUCUUUAAAUACAUUCACAAAGGUAAUGAUUGUGCACAUGUUGAAAUUAGAGAAAACAUUUUGCACCAUGAUGAGAUUCUCCAGUAUCUUAAUGCAAGAUAUGUUGGACCACACCAGACAGUGUUCAGGGUCAUGCAGUACAAAAUGCAUGACAAAAGUCACAUCAUCAUACGGCUUGCAGUGCAUCUUCCUCUACAACAUAAUGUUUAUUUCCAAGAAGGAAACGAGGAAAGGGUUCUUAAUGUGAACCCAAACACAACAUUAACUGCAUGGUUUCAAAAUAAUCAAGAUGACGAAGAUGCUCAACAGUAUCUUUAUACUGAAGUUCCAGAACAUUACACUUUUCAUCUGAGGACAAAGAAAUGGAAAAAAAGACAACGUGCUGCAAGGUCCAUUAUUGGGAGGCUUUAUCAAGUUCAACCUACAGAUCCACAAAGGUAUGCCCUUCGACUACUAUUGCUUCACCGCAGAGGGUUCACAUCCUUUGAAGACAUAAGAACCAUUGAUGGACAGCUGUAUGACACAUUCAAGGAUGCAGCAAGAGCAAUGGGUCUACUAGAAGAUGAUGCUGAACACAGACGUUGCUUAGAAGAGGCCACAAUCAUGAAUAUGCCUUCACAGAUGAGACAGCUGUUUGCUACACUGAUGGUAUUUCAAACUCCAUGUGACAUCAGGGACCUCUUUAAUGAAUUCAAGGAAGCUAUGUCUGAAGACUAUGUGAGACAUUAUCAUCUUAAUGAUCCAGCCAUUGUAUUCCAAGACAGGCACAUGUAUCUUUGUCUGUGGGAUAUUGAUAAUAACCUGAGGGUUCAUGGUAAAUUAAUCAAAGAUGUUGAAUUUUCAGACCUCCCACAGCUUCCAGACAACUUCGUCCAACCAGGCAACAGAGCUGGCUAUAUUGAUAUUGACACUGAGAGAGAACAAGGAGAGCAAAUGUUACAACUCCUCAACAAUGACCAGCUUCAUAUUCACAACACAAUUAUGGAAGCUAUACAAACAGGAUCUGAACAAAACUGCUACUUUGUAGAUGGACCAGCUGGAACAGGUAAGACAUUUCUUUACAAUACUUUAGUUCACAAUCUUCAAGGAUUAGGCUUGCAAGUUAAAUGUGUAGCUUACUCAGGAAUAGCUAGCACUUUGCUCAUCAAUGGAGCCACAGCACAUUCUACAUUUCAAAUUCCUAUUCCCUUAUUACCUGAUUCCACAUGCAACAUUAAACGUCAAAGUGCAAGGGCUCAGAAGCUUUUAGAAACUAGUGGUUUUAUUUGGAAUGAAGCAUCAAUGAUACCAGCUAACUCUUUGAAAGUAGUAGACAUUCUCCUUAGAGAUAUUACACAAGUAAACAGGCCAUUUGGUGGGAAAUUUAUGUUUCUUGGUGGUGAUUUCAGACAAGUUCUCCAAGUUGUUCUCAGAGCAGGUCGAGAGAGAAUUGUGCAGGAGAGCUUGAAGACGUCCUUAUUAUGGCACCACUUCCAUCAGUUUCAACUGAUGAUCAACAUGCGUGCAGUUCAAGAUGAAACAUACAGGGAGUUUGCUGAUUGGCUUUUGCGGCUUGGCAAUGGGCAAGAGCCGCAUGAUGCCCUUGAGCAAGUAGCUCUACCACAGCAAAUUAUUGCCCCUUCACUUAAUGACUUGAUAGAUUUUGUGUACCCACCACUACAGCCAGACCAACCUAACCUUAUGGCGGACCCAGGAACAAUGUCUGAGCGUUGCUGUUUGACACCGAAGAACGACCUCUCACAUCAAAUUAAUGAGCUGGUCCUUCAAAGGCUGCCAACACCAACACGAAUUUAUCUGAGUACAGACCGAGUUGUUACUGAUGAUCCAGAGGAAGCUGCAGCAUACCCAGUAGAAUUCUUGAAUGCUCAGACACCAGGUGGCAUGCCACUUCACAAAUUGGAACUGAAGAUUGGUGCCACUGUCAUCUUAUUGAGAAAUCUAAAUCCAAAAAAGAACUCUGCAAUGGCACCCGCCUCAUAGUGCGUGAUUUACAACAACAUCUCAUUUGUGCAGAAAUCAUUUCCCCUGGAUACAGAGGUCAGUAUGUUAUGAUCCCUAGAAUUUCUUUGUCAUCACAAGAUUCUCCUCUUCCAAUUAACAUUACAAGAGUGCAGUUUCCAGUCGGAUUGGCAUACUGUCUGACAAUAAAUAAAGCACAGGGACAGUCACUUAGGUAUGUUGGUGUUUUCCUUCCUGAACCUGUGUUUAGUCAUGGCCAAUUAUAUGUCGCUAUGUCAAGAGCACAAUCAUUUGCAGGGCUUAAAGUUUUCACAACAAAUGGUCGCUUAACCAGUAACAUUGUUUACCGUGAAGUUCUGGCCUAAACAGAUGUCAUCAGAUUAUUGUUUAUAUUUUAUGUAUAGAUGGGAACUAGCUAUUUGUCAUAAAAUUAUGGUGACAUUCAAAAUUAAUGAAUAUGAGAAUACAACAUCCAACCUGGUUCUUAAUAGAAUGUCAUAUCCAGAUAACAACUGGAGCAUUUUUAAAUACCUAGAUUCUUUGAGGCUGCACACCAUUUAUCCAGUGGUGCACCUGGUGAGCUCAAAGGUCCUACAUGUACACAUUCAGUCCUACUUUUUUGUCUUGUUUGCAUUUCGGUGCCUCAACAGCUCAAACACAUUGUUAUAAGGGGAUACACUGUAUCUUGCACCUUAUGGUGUUCAGUGAGCUCAUGGACCUUGCAUGUUGAUACUGUCAGUUCUCAUGCAGCACUAUGGUGCCCAAAAUGAGCUCAAAUUUUAGCUUGAAAUGCUUUGUUUAUCAAGGUGCACCAUAUCAGCCUAUUAGUUAUAUAUUUUUGUUCAGAAAAACAGCAAGUGAUCUAUAAAAUGUUCAACUAAUACAUCUCUUCUUGAACCACAUUUAUCAUUGGCCAACAUAAAUGGAAAUUGAACUACCGUUAACAAAUCACUGAAUGAAUAAACUACUCUACCUAUAUUUAGCUCUAUCUGUAAAUAAUUAAGAACUUCAUUGCAAAUAAUUGAUGUUAAUAUUCCACUCCGAUCUUUUUAUAUAUCCUAGUUGUUAGCAUUUUCUAUUACAUUUAUAUUUAUACCUGUUAAUCUCUAUGUCGAUACUCAAUUUUGAUAUAUUAUCCUUGAAAUAUGUACAAGAGUUAUGUUGCCUAGGGGAACAUGUAUUUCCUUCUCAGUGAUGACAUCAAGGUUUAGAAAUGCAUCUUCAUUUAACAUAAAGGUAAAUUUAUACAAUCAUUAUCUUGCAAACAAUAGCUCAUAAACUUUUCAAUUAUAAUGCACCCUUUUAUAAUAAAACAGGGUUGACACUUUGUACACCAGUUUCAUGAUGCUGUGGCAAAUUAUUUUGAAAUUUUUCGUUUGUUCAUUCUGCAAAAGAUCGUGGACUUUCGUUGAAGUUGCUUCCAAUUUUCAAAAAUUUUUCUUUGCAUCUUUAGUUUUAUGCCAACCAGCUGAUAGCAUUGAUAUAAAAUGUAAGUUUUCCUGAAUGUCCAGUGAAGAACUCAUUUCUUAUUGCAAAUCUUAUUGCUAAUUUCUUAUAAACAGGAGAUUGAUUUGACUUAUUUUACUGAAGCUUGACUUGUUCUGUUCAUUUGUUCUCUCAUCUAGAACAAUAUGGAUCCUUCAUUAAUGGAGAGGUUAGAAUCGUUGAAAAGGUUCGUGGACCGAACGAACGAGAUGCUGGUCCAGAGGCUCCAUAUCAUAGAGGCAGGUAUUGCCUCAAUAUUGCAAGAUGCAACAAUGAACAAUAGCUUGCAGGACGAAUCCAUAGACAAUUCUAUUUUAGAAUUGGAUGUCAAUUUUUCUCAAAACAGGAACUAACAAUCGCAAAAGAUAUCUUUUUUUGUGUUUUAUCUCUACCUAUUAAAAACAUUACACAUAAAGACAUUCUACUUUUAGCGAGUUGCUAAACCUCUUCAACAAAAGAAUUGCAAGGUUAAAGUUUGCCGCAUGGACAUUACAUCGAGUAUUACUGAAUAGUAAUGUGAGAAUGUUGAAAAAAAUUGGUAUUAAUUGGCUUUUAUAUGCGUUUUGAAGUAUUUUGAUGAAAUUUAUUAUUUCCAAGAUAAUAAUUUAACUUAUCUUCAACCUUUUAGAUAUAUUCAGCCAUGAAUAUAUGGACGUGGCAGCAAAUGAACAAGUGUCAACUUUGCUAUCCCAGCCAAUUCAAACUGGUGCUUCCCUAUCUAGAGAUAACCUCGCAAAAAAGCCUCGUUCCUCACUAAAAACAAAGAGGGAAAAAAUAAAUAAGCUGCAAAGUAAAUUGCAGACUAUGAGGCAUAGCUUAACAAGAUUGCCUAAAAAGCAAAUUAAAAAACAGAAGCAGAAAAAGGCUUUUGAACUUUUGGAGGGUACUAGUUUAUCAGAUCUUUUGAGUUUCCUGAAAGAACAGGUAGAACUGUCUUAUGUUAAAUGGAAAGGUAGAAGGUUUGACAACUUUCUCAAGUCCUUUGCUAUAAGUCUAUAUCACAUCAAUGGGAAAGCCUAUAGGUUUCUUGCCAAUUGCUAAAUUUGCCAUCAAAGAAGACUUUUACUAAUCUUGUUCAAAUUAUGCUUCAGGGUUGGGUUUUUCCAACAAGUCUUUGUAUGUGCUAAGGCAAAGAGUGCAAAGAUUAUCACAAGAAGUGAAGGUUUGUACUCUUUCAAUGGACAAGGUUUCACUCAAGUCAAAUCUAUUCUAUGGUUGCGAGAGUUACUCCAUUAUAGGCUUGGAAGAUUUGGGCAAUGGGAAGACAAGAGGUGCCAUUGCUAAUUCAGCAUUUAUUUUGAUGGUAAGAGGAAUUUUGCAGAAAUGGAAACAGCCAGUUGCAUUCUAUUUAGUAAAUGAAUCUUGCAAUUCUGUAAAUUUGAAAGCCAUCCUUGCUGAAGCAAUAGGUCAUUUAGAGGCAAUGGAUUUAAAUGUUGUUUCCAUAGUUUCUGAUCAAGGAUAAAACAUUUUCUGCUUCUUGAUUGCCAUGGAUGUAUCUGAAGACAAACCAUAUAUAGAAAUAAAUAAUAAGAGAUAUCUAACAAUUCUUGAUCCACCCCAUCUUAUCAAGUCAAUAAGGAAUAAUUUGAUUAAAUAUAAAUUUGAAGACAAAGUAGCUCAAUGGGGACAUGUAAAAUUAUUUCUUGAGAAAAAUCAGAAGCUUCCUUUACAAUGGCUCCAAAGUUGAAAGAAAGGCAUUUGAAUCCAAAUGGAUUUUCUAAAAUGAGAGUCAAAUUGGCAACACAAGUAAUAAGCCACACUGUAGCUACCGCCUUAAAUACAUAUGUAAGUCUUCAAGCCCUUUGUAGAGAAGCUUUGGGGAUAGCACAACUAUUAACAAAAUUUGAUAAAAUUUUUGAUUAGUGUAAUGCAUUGAGCUGCACAAUCAUCACACGUUAACGAGCUAACAAGUGGUUUGGCAUUUAUAAAGUCAAUCAAAGUUUUAAGUAAAGGUUCUGGGGAGGUCUUUUAGCUGGGGAGGUAUAAAGUCAGUCUUUUAGCAAAUGCCCUGAAUUCAAGCAAUAAAAACAUCUCCUUGCCCUCAUGAGACUACUUUUCCUUUCUUUUACACUGGUCAAAUUGCCGCAUUUGUAGGAAUAGUCUCCUUGACAAUAGUAGCAUUAAACUCCACCUGGCACAGAAGAGGAUUGCAACUUUGAUUGUGGAGCAUACUCUUCAUGCCGUCUAGUUGAUUGAGCUAUGUUAUUUGCAAUCUCCCUCGCUUCAAUUUCUCUUUCCACAAUAUCUAGAAUUUCUGUGAUAUUCCAACAGUCUUCUGCCCUUAUUUUUGCGAUUUGCAUCGUAAUCUCCUGUGGGAGGUGAGACAUGAUGAUUGGAAUCAAAAGGUUCCCAAAUUUCCUGAAGGUAUUCCUAGUGACUGUAAUCGGCGAACGUGAACAGCGACAUUGCCAUAAAUCCAUCUGAAAUUUUCCAGUCCUUCAUUUGGAUGGUGUUAGAGCUUUAGUAGUUUUUCCAUGUGCACAUUGAUUAUCUGAUGUUUCUUCUCGGAGCGCAAUUUGAGAAUUUUUAUAGUGUGUUCAUAGUUUUCUCCUUGUAAGGACAAACCUUGUACUGCUCGAUAUGCUGGUCCCUCUAACAGACUGAAUAGGUAAUUUAGCUUGUUGAUGUAUGAUAAACCAGGAUUACUGUGCACUGCGCAUUCAAAACUUCCCAAAAUGAGUUAAAUUGAGUCAUGUCACCAUUGAACUUCGGUAGAAUUAUCUUUGAGAGCUUCACUGUUUCUUCGAUUGGAAAGAUGCCGAGAAUGAUGAGCAUCGCUAGCUGGAAGUUAUUUGUUCCCUUUUGUGAACCUUAGAGGUAUGCACCUUUGCGGCCUAGAUCACAAAUCCUCUAUCAGCCAAAAUGCAAUCUCCAUGAGUGAUUUUGCUGAGAAAACCGGAAUCAGCAGUAAUUUUUUUGUCCAUUACUCUACGGCCCCAGCCCUCGGACAGAAACAUAGCUUAACCUACAGAACUGAUUCCAAUGAGAUAUUUAAGUUUAAUAUUACUAUAAGUAAUUUGACCAUGUCUGUGCCCUGGCUGUCAAAUUUGUUGGCCUCUCAAUAAAUAUCUCACUGCAAUCAAUGAUGCAGAUACAGUCCCUAUAUUUCUAUCUGAAGCAUUUUGGUUAAUUGAGACCAAUUUCAGGUUUGUUUGGCCAAAUUAUUAACUUCCUUAGUUUUGCUGACAACUCAGGAAGCCAAGAGCGCAUGAUUUUAGACACUGUGGCCACUGGACAAUCAAAUCUAUGGACAAAAUUUUCAAAUCCAUCCCCCUGAUUUGCACAACUUUCUCAUCCAUCCGAUUCUAGCUACUUUGCCCAAAUUGAUGUUUGGUCAAAUUGAUGUUCUUCUCUAGGGAUUGCUAUGUCGUAUGGUUGCUAUAGUUAGCUUUGCAACAGUAAGUUAUUAUUUUUCUUGUCUUUUUCUGUGACACUUUCAAAGAAGACAUGAUGUACAAUAAUUAAAAAUGCAUUUGCCUGAUCUACUUUGCGUGAACUGUUGUGUCACUCUUGAGUCUGGCAAUAAAAAAACCGAUGAAAAUUUAAAACUUUUGUCAAAGUUAUAUUAAUGUCCACUUCAGGAUGUUCUUAGCCAAAUUGAUAAAAUAAAUGAAGGAAAAGAACUUUCUAUUUGCAAGACAUGCCUCAGAUUGAGAGCUUAUUCAGUUAUUGAAAGUUAAAUCAGGGAUAGCAAAGGAUCUCAGCAGAAUCUAAUUCAAACGUUUUUGAUAUUAAUUGAAUGUUGUUUCCAGAUCAGCAAGAUAACGUAUAUUCUGAGUUGUCUAUGCCGAAAGAGUUGACGCCUAGACAUAUAGCCAAAAAGAUAUCAAAAGAAACAAAGGUAUGCUUUUUGUUAUUGUGACUAAUUAUUUAACUUCCAGAUUACAACUCAACUGAAUAUUUCUGAGCCUUAUAUUUUUUAAAAAGAAAGAUGUGUUCUUGGAGUGAUUCUUUUUUUAAUCUUCUGUUUUUCGAUAUUCAUUGAAAACACAGAGAUAAGGUCUAUUCUGAGGUUUAGUCAAGGCUAAAUUUGCAUAAGGUUUAAUUGAGUCGUCUUUGCUAUGGUACUUCGUUGAUUGAAAAGAAACAGCAUUCUGACCCUAUUUGAUGUCAUAAUAGAGCUAAAGAUUUUAAUAGCUAUUAAAGUCAUAAUGAGGUUCUCUGUUGUGGUCUUACAUAACGUUUCUACGAGGUUUAACAGAUAUUUUGCCUAUAAUUCUACACAUUAAGUUGAAAGGUUACCACACAAGUAAAUUUGUUCCCUAGGAACAGUUUUCCGACAAUUUUUGAGGUAGAGAUGACAACAUUAAAGCUGCAAUAGUUUCACUCAAGAGAAAGAGGUACAAUGCAGCAUUAAAACAUUUAAUAAAGGAGCCAAAGGUGAAGUUAUCCCUUCUUACACACAUUCAAGGAGUAGUUCUGGAAGAAAUGCCAAAAUUCACAAAACCCAAAGCACAACCUAAUUUCAGAUGCAAAGACGUUAACAAAUUGCAAGAAUCAAAACUAACAGCAGCUUGUAUACCAUACACUGUGUGGAAUUUCUGGAAAACGCAAAGUCAAUGAAGAGAAGAAUAAAACUUUUAUAUGGACGGAAUCCAGAUAAACAAUAGAAAUACACGUUUGAAUACCAUAGAGAAAUUGUUAUGCAUACUUCUAUAUAAAGCCGCGUUAAGUAUUGUUUGUCAUCAAGAAUUGGAAAUAGCAUAUCAAAGUUUUGUACUCUUAAGUGCCAAAUGAUUGAUUACAAGGUAGCUUAUAAAAUUGGAACGUAUUCAAAUUGGAUGACUGAUAUUACCCAUUCUUUAUAGGUAUUUAACUGUUUUGCAUUCUUUGGACUGUCGACAAUUUACCAUGCUAUCCUCAAAAUAACACACCAGAUUAGCAGAAAUUUUGACAAAGAAGUCAAAAUCUGGAAAGAAAAGGUUGAUUAUAACUUUUAAAUUUUUAUCCUAGGUUUAGUUCAAGCAGGUCUACAUCAGCUUUGCUGACUACUUCUGACCUGCUAUAUAAAAUAAGUAAUGUAUGUAUAUAUGUAUGUAUGUAUGCUGAUCAAAUAGAUAAAGCUGAUGGAGUUCUUCUGGUAAGACUUCCUCAAAUCAGUCUUCUUUGAACACAUUCAAUUGAAAACACCCUGGUCUGGAAAGGCGGCAAAGAUAAAAAAAUUUGCCUAUUGUUCUAUUGUUUUAGGCGAGAUAAGGUUGAAUAUCUCUUUUUCCGCUUACGGUCCCUUGCUGAGAGUCCCAAAAGCAUGUGGCUCUCAGGGUUGAUUCCAACAUGAGACAAAACACGUGCAAGGCCAUCAUUGAAUGCCACUACAGCAGCAGCUACAGCAGCAUCCAAAUGAUCUCUCCCUGAGUGUGAAAUUUGUGGACAUCUUGACCAAAUCAAGUGGUUUAUUGCCUCACAGUUAUUUUGUGUGUAGCCACCAAGGCAACCACUCAUGAUGUCAUCUUUCAUCAGCUUCUUUUAGAUAGGUUUGAGCUCAUCUAAAAUGGCACUAGGCAACGGGUUCUUGUGGUUGAAUUGUUUCUUCUGUAACAUGACCUUCUUGUAUUGGCACCAAGUGAUAUAAGCCUGCCCAUAGCUCAUUCUUCAUGGCUUCAAUAUUGUUUUUAUGGUGGUGUAUGGCAAGCCCAUUGUAUGUCUGCAGCUUAUCUAUCCUUGCAGCUGUAAGUCUGGCAACUCCUCCAAUUGAUUUGGAGUCUGCUAAUUUUGCUUUGCCUCUCUGCAAUUUCAGCUUCCUGAGGGCAGUUACCAUCAGCUUUUGAACGUGCCCACAUUCAAUAUUGACAAUGUCUUUUUCACCAUAGGGCUUACUGGCUUUUAUAGAGGAAAAUGACUUCGAAUCUCCAUCCCCUAUAUAGCCAGUUUACUGGAGCUUCCUUGUUUUUACUGAGCAGCCAAAUAUACGGCUCACCCCCUCAGAUUCCAUUGCAGGAGCAGAGCCAACAAAAUUUAUUUGGCAUUGAUGAUUGGCCUUCCAAUUGCCCUUUUUCAGGACCAUCUGACUUUUUUUGCCAUGUUGAACAGCUGAAACAAACCUUGUUUAGGGCCUCAUAAUCCAGGCACUUCCCAGUGACAGCAGAAAUUACUGCUACUGCUCCUUGCAGGGAGGCGUAUCCUCGUUUGCGCCAUGUUCCAUCGAACAUGGUCUUGCAUUCUGCAACUUGAUCCUCUGGGAUUCCAAUUGCAUCAUGUUCUUCCUUGGCUGCUUUUUUCAUGCUAAAUGAUGCUUCCAGUUCUAGUGCACUUUUAUUUUAGUUACACUACGACUGAAAGCAUCAUCAGACAUUGCUUUUGGCAUUUUCAAAACUUAGCAAAGACUCUCUAAGGCAGAUUUCCCUGCACCAAUUUCAAGGAGCCCAAGUAGCAUUCUGUAGUUGAUCUCAUAGGCUCUUGAACCUUCACAGUGUGGAGAGGUGAGCAUUUCGCAGCCAGUGGCACAUGUUCUACACUUGAAGGUGAUGAAGAAUGCUAGUCCUAUCUUUUUUGAAGUAUCUUCUUCAUUACUAGCUUGCCAGCCUUACAUUUUGAGCAGACAACAAAGUCAAGCAAUUCUUCAAUAAAACUUGUAUGUAUAAGACAGAAGCCAUCCAUCCCUGGCUGAAUAUUGAGGCCAGGUGUUUUACCAAUUUUCUAUUGACUUGCACCAUAUGUUGAUGACUGAGGGACACUAUCCUGACACAAAUUCAGAUAAUGUUGAAAUUUAGGUAUUUUUUGCCACCAGGUGAGAAAAAUUUCAUAGAAUCAUAUCUGAAAAAUCUAGAGGCAUAUGUAAAAUUUGCUGCUGGUAUAUAUAUUUGUAAAACUUCUGACACCAUUCGUUGUUUGAAUGAUUGACCGAGCGAAUAAAUGACACGUUUUGACAUACAAAAUCAAUUCCUUUUGUUCCAUCCAAAGCUAAGACGUACUUUUACACAAUAUCGAAACUUAGGUACUAAACAGCCUUUCACAAGCACUGUUACGCCAUUAAAUUAUAUAUAUAUGAAACGAAACCUUGAGUGCUUUCACAAGCCACUCGGGUUGAAUGCCAUCAGCCCUCUCUUAGCCUUUCCAUCCAUGACAGUUCUUUGUGUGUGUGUUAGUUAGUGUCUACAUGUUUGAUAGCAGUGGCCUUUCGCAAGCACCACGCUUUUCUCUAACUAACUAACUCUGUUUCUCCGUACUCUACUUUAUAUAACAGCAUUACAAUAUGCAAACUAAUAUCAAUAAUUGCCGGUGUUAUUGUCGGUAUCUAUCGUGCAAUACGUAAAUGAACUAGUAGGAGGUGUUAGAUAUAUUAGGAUACGCGGGGGAACUUUGUAGAGCAAAAGGGCAUGUAAAAUAUUACUAUACCGGAAAACAUGAAAAACUAAAGCGCGACACGCUAAUAUAUCCUAAACAAAGAGAAGCAUGAACAAAUAUAAGCAUAAACGCAAGACUGACCUAAAAUGAAAUAAGUACCUAUAUUACACAUAUUUCAAAAUUUUUGUACUACUAGACAAUAUUUACAAUCGAACCAUCUACACCCUUUUUUCAAAACCCUUUUCAUAAGAAAUUUGUAUAAAUUUCAGGAAACUUACAACAACCAUUUAUACAUUGUGAACAACGCUGACGAAACAUCAAAUACUCUAAGCAUCAACAACACUUGUCAAACAGGAUCUAAACAAGGAAAGGUCGCAAAUUGUCUUAGUUUGAGUUUUUAUUUCCUCUAUUAACAUAAAAAGAUCUGCUAAAGCCAAGUCUGAACAAUUUUUUUGCUGAUCUGUCAAAGCUAAGUCUGUACAGAAUUUGAAAAUGGCUUUCUGUUAGCAAAUUAUCAAUGGUGUUUAUAACUGAACAAGACAGCAGAAUUUGAUCGGUAAUAAUCGACCAAAAUCCAUUAUAUCUGAAAAGCCACUAUCUAAUUGAAAAACUUCAAUGUAAUAUUCUUGGAGACUCUUCUCUAGCAAACUAGGUUUUUCUGGCGACCACUUAUUCAAGCUCUUAGAAACAUCAUCAAUUUCUAUAUCAUCUGAUUUUGUGAUCUUUUCCUUAGCCCAAGGGCCUAAUAGGCAUUCUAAGCAUUCACACCUACACUUGCACUCACACAGACAUCACAACAUCGACAGCUGGUAGGUAUUGGAUUGACAGACUUAUAUGACACAUCCUCUUUGUCUAACUUAAUCUUAAAAUGGUGAUUAAUGAUUGAUCUUCUACAUUUCUUUGUACUUAAAGAAAAUUCUUUCAUUUCUUUUGUUGUUGAAUUAAGCCCUGAUCCUCCAUGGUACAGAACCAAAGAAAAAGCCUGGGCAGACAGCCGACCACCUCUGUCACAUUGUUGUGCAAACGAUUCUAUGCCUUGCAGAACUCCAAAAUUAACAACAAUCUCUACAUCCUCAAAGUCUAAGCCCAUUUCCAAGCUUGUUCUGGCAAACACUAUGCAUAUAACAGAAUCCCGUUUCUUGAAUUCUUGAAGAACAAAAUUCUUAUUGACUUCUGUAAACUUCUGCAUUAUUUAACAUGGCCCAACCAUUUAAAUAUUGAUUUGAUCCUAACAUAUAGUUAAAAAAACAGCCAUUUGUUUCACGUUGCGACAGUACACGAUUGGUGCAUUUCAUUUGUGCAUUUUGUUUCUGACAAUUUAAUGCAUCAAUGAAAAAUUGAAACUGAAAUAGGUCAUCUGCUUUUAACCUACGAACUUCAUAACAUAUAUUCGACUUUUCCCUUGGAACAUAAACAGUGACUGGAUUUGUAAUGUGCAGAGUCUCCCAUACAUUCAGUUCAAUUUCGUCAAUAUAUCGUACAUUGCUACGCAGAAAGGAUCGAAGGUUGCCAAGACGAAGGAAAUUCCACAUCUAAAUUGAGGUAAAAUUUUUCAAUUAUCUCCCUCUUUGGAGACAUCUUUUGGUUUUUCUGGUUUUGAGAUGGUGCAGUGGGGUGGCCUUUCUUGGUUAGAUUACUUCUUCUUCCACACAGAAUGUGCCCGCUGAGUCCAACAAAGUGUUGUCUCACACCAGGUAUUCACAGUGGCAGCGCCUACCAUACACGGAGAAGGUUGGAGGUGAGAACAACAUUUCUAUCUAUAUGUGUAAGGAAUUGUUGUUAAAAAAUACUGGUCUCAAAAUCAGUUCUUUACUCUGUUUAGAAAUCUCAACAGGGGAGAGAGGGAGGUGAGGUGCGGGUGAUGCCAGUGCAUUUGUAUUUGCAGUGUCAAUCGAAACAUACAUUUCCCAAGUGUUUUUAACAUAAUGGGGGGAGGGGCAAUCAAUGCCCCAUCCUCAACCAUUAUUUUCUCCCGCCCAAAUACUCUAAUAUAAUGAACACAUACUAUUACAAUGUACCUCAUAUUUCAAUCAAAACAAUUUCAAAUUUAUAGAUUAUUUGAGAAUUAUUGGCAAAGGAUGGGGAGGGACAUGAACUAGAGCGUGCAACAAUGGAAGUGGAAGUUUUCAACAAAAUGCCUGAUGAGCCGUUGUACCAAGACAUCGCUUCUGUGACAGAAAGUGAUGGUGAAUUCAAUGAUAUGCAAAUCCACCAGCCUCCCGUGGGUAGUGAGAAUUAAGACAUGACCAAUGUCCUAUGCAAACAGCAGUGGGCCACAUUUCAACCCAAACUCAAAUUCCCUAUCAUUCUAGAGCUACGCAGGCAGACACAGAAACUUCAAACAAGAGUAAAUAUCUUUAUAGGCAGAUUAUAUUUUUCUAAUUAUAUAGUUUGAAUUUCUUUUUCAAGUUGUAAGAGCACAAUUUUAAAGAUAUGACAUCCAAACAUCUACAAAAUUACUCAAAUUAUCAAUUUUAAUCCCGAUCUAUAAUUUUUUAAAAAACCUAUGAAACUCAUUUUAAUAAUAGGCGCAGCCUCAGCUAAAUAUCUGUAGGGGAGAAAAUAUCUAAAAUAUCUUAUUGUUGCUUGGAAAAAGACUCUUUGCAUAAUAUGUAUUACUGUUGCUUUUUGCUUUUUCAGCUUUACAAGUAGCUGUUAACACAGAAAAAAAGAUGUGAGUUGCCAUCUUCCACCAUCAUGCACUGAAAAACAGACCCAGACCGACCUGACAUUUGCAGACAUCGAGAAAAUGCAAUUCUAUGCUGCCCAAGAUGACAUAUUGGAUGACAGGAGUGACGCUUCAGACAGCCAUGUUUCAUCUGCUUGGGGGCCCUCUGAAUCAGAUGGGUAGUCUGUGUCCAGUGGAUCCUCAGACAAUUGUAACGCACAGCAUCAGUUCAAAGAAAGAAAAUAUUUUGUCUUUGAAUCUUGUCUCCUACAGUUAUUCACAUUAUGUACAGUGUGCUUUAGCCCUUUCCUGGAGAAAUCAGAGAAACUUGUAGGCUCACUUGCCCAAAUAAAAACAAUCUGCGUUCAAGGACAUGAGAGGAUCUGGUACAGCCAACCAAAGCUUGGUUAUUUGCCAAUGGGCAAUUUUGUAAUAUCUGCCAGUACCCUGUUUUCUGGAUGCCAGCCAGCAAAGACAUUGUUGUUCUUUAGGAUCAUGUGGUCAACAUGUAUCUCAGAACGCACAUAUAACAGAAUCCAGACACUGCAUUUGAUACCAUCUGUAAAUGUUGAGUGGUCUCUUUUACAAAAAACAUCAUUGACAAGUAUCGGAAGGAGAUAAAAAACAAUUGGUGGUGAUGCCAGAAAGGAUUCCCCUGGGUACACAGCCAAAUAUGGGAGCUAUUCUGUAAUGGAUCUGGAUACUAAAAAGAUGAUAUCAGUCCAGACUUUACAGAUGAGCUUUUAACAGUGUCGUGACACCAAAUAGUAUUGAAUGAAAUAAUGGCAUUUUUUACAAAUAACACUUAUCAGCUGUCAUUCACUUGAAUAUUUCAAAUAAUACAUGCAAUGAUGUGUUUCCAUCAAGAUUUUAUAGUUUUUGAGAUAGUCUAGAGUUUCAUCUAAAUAUAAUAUAUAUGUUUAAAUCCAUACUGUGUCAUGAUAACAACAGAUCAACCAACGACCAAUAUUUUCUAGAGCAAUGAAGUUGGGGGAUCAAAUAGAAUGGAGCUUACUGGUCUAAAACGAGAAUUUGAAAAUAUUCUUGAACAAAAUGUAGAUUGGUAUACACUUAUCACAGACAGGUACAGUGGAAUUAAGAAAUAUAUGUGAGAAAAGCAUGCCCAUAAGACCCACAAGUUUGAUGUCUUCUAUCUUGCAAAAUGGAAUCUUCCAUCUUGAAACGUUCAGUUUCAUUCAGCUGUACGAUUAUCUCCGCACCAGGAAAUCCAAGCACAUAAUGUUAAAGAGUACCAGAUACAAAAAGCUCAAAUCUUUCCAGUUCUUUUGUGAAGGAUAUUUCAAGAUAAUUUAUGUGGCAAAGGAUUCCAAUUUUCCUCUCUUUGAUAUGCGUAUGAAGGCAUUAAUGAAGUCUACUUUAUACAAAGUGCUGGUCGUUCUUGAUGAUUCUGGCAAUGUUUACUGUGCUGUCUGCUAAUGCCCUGCUGGUGCUGGUAUAUCUGGCCUUGGCAAUUGUAAUCAUGUUGGAGGAGUUCUUUCUGCACUGGAAGACAUCAAUAGGAAAGGCUACAAAAAUUGUCUUGAACCUGUCUCUUGCACUUGUCUCUUGUAUCAUCUAGUUAAUUUUACAUUAGUAGACACUAUGAUUAUUUGCUUUGAUUACAGCAAGUGACUGUGGCAUUUUGCAGUGACAAAAACACGCAAUUGAUUCUUGGAAAAUGUCGAAUGAAAAGGAAAGGAAAAAGACAGACAACCCCCAAACCAAAUGCAGGUCAUCUUCCAAAUAUCAACUUCAGUUUAGUUUAUAAAGAGGAAUUGAAGGCAAUGUCUGACAAUUAUAUAGUGCCACAAUCAAACGCCUUGUGGAUGCACCUUCUCCAAAUUUAGACUAUGCAAUAACCGAAGACAAGGUGUUAGUGAAACAAAAUUUAUCUGGAAAUGAAAGAGAGGUAGUGACAUAUAUUUGUGGAUCAUCAACAUGCGUAACAUUGAGGAAAAUAAAACCGCAUCUGUUUUGUUAAAAGAACGAUUGGAAGUCUUAAAAGCGAAGAAAGAAGGCUCAAUCAGACUUACCUAGGGGAGGUUUAACAUAUACAAAGGAAUCUUUUGCAAAGAUACUAGAAAAAACAGAGAUUGUUUUCCGAGACCACAUCUCCACCCAGAAAACAAGGAUAAAUGUGCAAGAAAUUCAGGGUAACUGUCUACAAGAUGCAAUUUUGAAUAAUUUGAGUAGAAUAUGCCAAAAUUGUUUGGCCUCAGAACCUGUAAAGGAGGCAACACUGAAGGACUGCAUCCUAAUGUAUAUAGAAAUCAGGGCUAAUUCAUAUGCCAAACAUAUGAUUGAAGAGCACAGGUUGAGCAAAAAGAUUGACAAGAAAGAAAAGGCAUUACGAAAACAACUUUGAAUCACAAAUAAACAAAAGAAGCAGUGAUUUUUUUGUGAUAUCAUUCACAAAACAGCAUAAACAAAACAUUAACCAUUGCCAUUGCAAAGCACAUAAUACAUAUACAUAAAUUGGUUAUAAUGAAGUUUCAUUAUAAAUUGGUUAAUUAUCAAGUUUUUGAAAAGCUGUUAUACUAUGUGUAAUUUACUAUGCAAUGUUGUAUUUCAUAUAUAUUGAAUAAAAAUUCCAACAAACAAAAUAGCUCUUUUUUUGCAGUUUGUUUGAAGAAUCUCUGCCAAAGUAAUGACUGGGGGAGGGUAAAAAUAAAAAUAAUUUUCUUUCCUUGAGCAUCUCUUGGUCAUGAUUCCAAACAAGUUUUUGUUUUUUAAGGGUCGAAUAUGCAUGGCUUUUAAUGUGCAGGAGCACAAGUAUGUUAAAAUUGAAAUCAAUACUGUGUGGUGUUUUUUUACUUUUUGAGGUAAAAUCUGAACUGCCACAACUAGUCGCUUUUUAACAACCCUUGUUAAUGAAGACUUAAGGUUUUUGGGUUUUCUAACAGAUCGUUUUUCAAAAUCCAAUUGUCUUUGUAUCUUUAAGGCUAUUUUUCUGAAUUCAGUGCAAGAUUCAGAAGACUUGACCAGCGUGUUGCAAUGUUUGCUGUAUACUUUAUCAAAUAUUUUGCCACUAACCUUGGUUUUGACAAAGAUAAGCUGCUCAGAAUUUUUUUGGCCACCUUGCCUUUAGGCAUGUUCAUUGAUUAUUUUGUCAGUUAUGCCUAGGCAAAUGUAUCACUCUUGUCUUUCACUGAAUUUGUUGGGGAGACGAGAUCGCGGCUCCAUUGUUUAGAACAAAAGCGUAAGUGGUUUGUCAGAACCAAUUAGCUACGAGGAGUAGGUACGCACGCGCAUUAAACCUGCUAGAACAAUGCUGGACUAUGUUGUUUAUUUUUUGCAUAAGUUCCCUCCUUUGCCUAUCUGUUGUGAAAUGCAAAGUACGCAUGUGCACCUACCCCUUUCACGGGGGGCCACCUAUACCUUACGGACUUACUCUAACCUCGUCUCCCCAACAAGAAUAUCAAUGAACCAUAACAUGAUUCAUUGUUCUAGCAGAGUUUCCUAUCCAGUCACACUUCUAUUAUCUUUGCUUGAAGCAAGGAGACAUAUUUUCAGAGUCAAGUCGUUGGUCACAAAUGACAAGUUUCUCAACACCCUUAGGCCUCGGCAUCCCCAGAACAUUACAGAGAUUGCAUUGUCGAAUGCACUUUGGGUUGUGCGCCUCUUCUAUUGUACCUCAGACUCUUAACAUUUUACAAUCAUGUUCAAGUCCAAAUUUGCAUUCAUGGGAGAAAACAAUAUCCUCCCAUUCCAUCACACUCAAGUCUCAGAGAGCUUGAGAUCAGCAGAUACGUGCCUUCCUGCUUUUUAAUGAAACAAAUGGUUUUCUCUUUCUAGGGUAAUUUUUCAUUUGAUAUUUUUGUAAAACCCUUCUUAUAAUUUGUUUACUACGAAUUUUUGAAUUUCUACCUGCCAAACUCACCUGUAUUUAGUGUCACAAAAUACAGCAGUGCAGUGUGACAGAUAGUUGUUUCCCCUCUAAAAUCCAAUUUUAAUCUUAAAAUCUUCUGGGAAUGAGGCUCCUGCAAAAUAGGCUCUCUUCACCAUCAUCCUCAGGCAUAUAUUUUGAAUUUCUAGUUGUUCUCCUCUGUUACUACUCUGAAAGAGACUUUGCUGUAUUUAUCAGUGUAUUGUUCAUGUCAGUCAUUUGAACCUUGCCUUUAGAAUUGGCCCAAUACUUCUUCAUUAUUUUCUUGCCAGCUUUCUUGUCUUGCUUCAUAAUAUCCUCCUCAUUUUCAUCAUCAUCAAACAAAAAUCCAUCGUCUUUUCUCUUUAGUCAUUUGAACCUUGCCUUAAGAAUUGGCCCAAUACUUCUUCAUUAUUUUCUUGCCAGCUUUCUUGUCUUGCUUCAUAAUAUCCUCCCCAUUUUCAUCAUCAUCAAACAAAAAUCCAUCGUCUUUUCUCUUUAGAGAAUCACAGUUGUUUUUUCUGAGAUCCUCAGCGAUCCAUAAUGAUGAUAUGGAAACCAGGCUUAAAUGUCAGAAUGAAUCAAUCCAAACAAUUGAGAGCAACUAGAAAAAUGGUGCUACCGCCGUAUGAUCUUAUUUGUAAACAACAAAAUUUUCUAGUAUGGCUUCCAACGUUUAUUAUUCUAGCGAAGAUCUAAUGGCAUUCCUUACCAACAUGCUAAAUCAAAGCAGGGUAUUAACUGGCGAACAGGGGCAGCUUCUGCCGAAACAGAGGCCUUGACAUUGGUCGAUGAUGAAAAUUCAGCUGUUAGCUAAGGUUACUGAAGACAGUGAAGAUGCUGACAGAAGUUUUGAUGAAAUGUUUGUUGAAGAUGUAUGGUCGUACAAAUGCACAUGGGACACUAGCUGCAGGGGUUUCAAAGAUACCCAGAUGAAACAGAAAGCUUGGGAGGAAAUUGCGGAAAAGUAUGGGAGGAAUGGUGAGUGUUAACUUUCAGUUUAAGCCCCCUCGCCCUUGAAUCGUUUUGAAGUCAUAAGAGCACAAAAAAUAGAUUCAUUCUGGAUUCGUUUUUCAUUAACAUUCUGUUUUUUGCUUAAUUGGGAAAAACUUACAAGAAAAUACAAAUGAUCUUUAGACAAAUAAGCUAUUAUGAGACUCCAGGGUCUGAUAGGUUUUGAAAAUCUUUAUAAGUUGGCAUAUAUGGUCUGAAAGUAAAAAUGCAUAUACUUACCCUGUUUUUUCUUUCUAGUUGAAGAUUUGGAAAAACUUCAAACAAAACCUUUCCAAAUGUUUAAAAAGAGAGACUUGAUGACAUGAUCUGGUGCUGCCGCAAGCUCACUGCCUGAAUGUAAGCUUUUUCACCAGUUACAAUUUCUUAGAGUAUCAAAUCGGCCUACAAUCAGCGACUUGCCUCAGGAAAGUGCCCCUACGCAAGAAAUUCUGGGAGAAGGCUAGGCCUGUUAGUCCUGUCCUUUUGGCCCCAAGUCUUGCAUCAAGCCUGGAAUCGAUGAGCUUUAAACCAGAGAAACGAAAAAGGAAAGCCACAACACUACCUCAAAGAAAAUUAUUAAUUUCAGAUGAUGAGCAUCCAGAUAAACUUCUGUUUAAAGCACUAAAAUGAGAAAAUAGAGUUGAAGUUGAAGCUGACCAGAGUUUCGCAAACAGUAUUGUUCCAAUUUUAAGGAACCUCCCUCCAAGAAAAUCAGACAAACCAAAAUAGAAAUUCAGCAAUUGUUGCUUAAGUACGAAUUUGACGAUGAUGAGUUCUAAUUCGCAAUUGUACAGUAAUUUAAUUUAGAAACACUAUUAUUUUAAAAUAAAUUUUACAAUCGUUGUAUUAAAAGAAAUAGCAUUAAUAAAAUGUCAAAUGGAUCUGCUGUUCUACAAUGCCUGCCAAAAGUACUUGGAACACCCACCAAUUUACGCUGCAUUUGAUAUCUUUCAUUCCUUUCAUGAAAAAAAUUUGCUACUUCCGCCCCCUUCCCCCUCAAACAAUGUUGAUGAUUUAGAGAAAUAUCAUAAAAGAAGCGCAAAAGAAAGUGCUUCCUAAAAUCCUAAUCCGUUUGAUAGUAAACCAACAUUGUUCCGUGGGGGAGAGGGGGAGGAUUGGUUUUAACCUUGGAAAUUGAUGUCAGUGUUCCAAGACUUUUGGCAGGCAUUGUAGUUAUUCUGUCUCUCUGCCAAUCAACAGUGCCUGCUUCUGAGUUAAAGUGAUUUUUAUAGUUUUCCCCAACCUGACCAGCAUCUCUUGAAUAGUUAAGUGAGACAGCAUUUCUAAUUGGCAAUAACCCAUCGCAGGUACAGUCUAGAUUUUUCCAGUCUCCUUUGUAAAAUAUCUGAUAAAGUAGGUAGACAGGAGAGAUGAAAAAAGCUGUGUGGGUGAGUGUACUAACUAAAACAACAACAUGGCAGAAUCCAGCGUCUCCCUAAGAUCAGGAAGCGUGUUACAUGAAAGUGAGGCUACUACAAGAUGAUAUAUAAAGGUAAUUAUUAGGUUACAAAUCUCUUAUUGCAUUUUCUUUACCCAUGUUAAUAAAACAAAAUAAAAUCAUUUCUGAAAAAUAAAUUAAACUAUUGCAAUCCUUUUCUCGAAAACAAUGAAUUGAUUUGAAGGGGUUAGCAGGGCCUAUGCCACAAAUUUGAAAAAGGGGCUAAGGCUAGCAAAAGUAAGGGGCCAAGGCUUUUUCCUCCUUCACUGCAGCUUUGAAACUAUUUACUCUGCGAAAAGGUGGGGGACCAUGGAAAUACAGAAUUGCCAGCAUCUGGAGCAUUGGUUUUUAUGCUGACUGGCAAUAAGAAUCAUUGGAAAUGCCCUGUUGGCUACUUUUUAUAUAUAAAUGCAAUGCAGAAACACAGGUUUCAAUGAUAAAAACUUGCUUGUCUCUAGCUGCUGAUCAUGAACUAAGAAUAUGGUCAAUUACAUGUGAUGGCACUUAUACCAAUUCUGCUUCUUUAAAAGGCCUUGGGUACAAGUUUUCCACAAAGUAUGAUGAAAUGGUAGUCAGGUUUAAACACCCCACAAGAGAUUAUUUUGUGUAUGUCACACUGGAUGCAUGUCACAUGAUAAAGCUGGCUAGAAAUGCUCUUGGGGAUAUGGGAAACCUCUACAAUGCUCAGGGGGGAAACAAUCUCUUGGGCAUAUAUUGAAAAAUUGUGCAAGCUACAAGAUGACCAGGGAUUUUCAAUUGCAAAAAAGCUCACAACAGUGCGUACUAACUGGCAAAAGAAUGAAAAGAGAGUCAAGUUGGCAGCCCAAACAUUACGUUCUUCAGUAGCAGAUGCAUCAGAGUUUUUGAAGGAUGAUAUGAUGGCUGAGGAUUUCAAAAACUGUGGUGCUACAGUCCAGUUCAUAAGAAACAUUGAUAGGCUAUUUGAUUUGCUGAACUCCAGGCAUCCAAUGAUGAAAGGGUGUAAGUCCCCCAUCAGUAAAUCAAACCUCGGCGCUGUGCAGAAUCAGGUCAGGAAGGUCUGUGAGUAACUUUUGUCACUAAAAGCAAGCGACAACAAGAUACUUGCUGAAAACCGUCCUUCAUCCUUGGCUUUGUUUCUGCAACAAAGUCUAUAAUUGCCAUAGCAGAAGAUCUAACAGUAACAAGCAGCUGACAUUAAAUAUUAUAGAGAAACUUAGAUCUUUUAAACAUUGACAAAAACAAGAAGAUGACUCAAGGAGCUCCUCACCUAAAGAUACUAGGAUAAUCCUUGUUGAGGUGCAGCGUCUUGGUUGCAACAAAUGAAUAGUGCUUGCUUCUUUAAAUGUUAAUAGUUUACAAUUACAUCUAGAUAAAAUAAAGUGCUUAGUUAAUGAUAAAGGAAUCCACAUCCUAGCAGUGAGCGAACUAAGCUUGACAAUGAAAUCACUGAUAACUUGCUCGUGAUUGAGGGCUACACUACACAGAGAGAACAGAAACAGGAGUGGGGGUGGAGUUGCUGUGUAUGUGAGCAAUUUGUUAAAACACAAUAGACGAAAGGUCAUACCCAAUAAGUCUCUCGAAUUGGUUUGCAUAGAAAUUUGAACCUAUAAGAGCCAGGCCCUUUCUUAUAUUCGCCUGGUACCAACCUCCAUUUGGCCUUAUUGAGUCUUUCAAAAAUUGGAAGGAAACUUAGAAUAUUUCGAUUGGGAAAACAAAGAAAUGAUUAUCAUGGGUGAUACCAACUGUGACUUCUUGUCGAAGGUAGCUGAUGAAUAUGGUAGCGCGCUCAAUAAUACUGCACCUUUCGCUGAGAUCUAUGAUUUGUUCAGUCUUAUGCAAAUGAUGGGUGAGCCUACAAGAGUGAUGCUAACUUCAUCACACUUAUCACCCUUAAGGCCACAACAAGCCUGAAACGUGAUUGCAUCUGCCGUCUUCAGUACUACUUUAAGCGAUCACUAUCUUGUUUAUUUAACUAGAAAAUUUAUGGGCUUAACAAAACGUCAGCAUAAAACCAUAUCCACUAGAAAAAUGAAAAGUCUCAACAGUGACAAUAUCCUGUCAGAUCUAGGUCAGACUGAUUGGGACAGUAUCGUCGUUUCAAGUAAAGCUUUAAUGAGGCAGUCAACAAGUGGUCAUAUCUACUCUCAUUAGUUAUUGAAAAACACGCCCCACUAAUAUAUAGGAUGAUAUCUAUGACAAAAAUCAGUUAUCGAAAUCUGGAAUUUAUGAAUUGCAUUUCAAAAAUCCGGCAAAUGCAAAAUCCUGAAUUUGGCAUUCAAGCAAUAUGCAAUUUGACAAAUUUCAGAUGUCAUUUCAUAAUUCGUUGAUAAAGUUGAUUUACGGAAAAAGUAGGUAACCAGUUAAACCUUAUCCUAUUUCUGUUGAUUAUUGAACUUUUAUCUUGCCUUGAUACCGUGCUCAUUUGUCAAAUUUCAAUUUUCGUACAAAGCUUUUUUAGGCUCAAGUUACGCCACACAAUCCUGACCCACGCCUCUCUUUUUGCAGGAUCAAAAAAAUUCCUAAUGGCAAACAGCAAGAUGGCUGACUAUCAGCUGAUAUGCAUGACCAAUGAAUAGCUGAAUUUAUUUAUAAGCGAAGGGAAAGUCCCCUCUAGAUGCAAUCUGAUGAAGUCUGGAAUAAGCUAUGGUUUACUGAGCCAAAUUUUCUUGUCUUUGGAAUCCUUCGGUAGGCCGCAGUCAGACAUUCUUGAAGUCUGCUCUACCCUUUUUAAUGUAAAUGUUGAGAAGGUUGAAAAGGUAAUAAAGAAACCAAGCAAUCUUAAAAGGUCUAUUUUCAGAUCUCUUGCGAAAGAUAGGAAUAAUUUUUCCAAAAUAUAUGAGACCCUUUCUAAAAUUGCAGAUGCAGGCAAAACCUCUGAUUGCUAUAUUUUGAAAAGCAGGGGGAUCAGCUUGAAAUUUUUAGACUCUUUUUGCAAGGGAAAUGUUGCUUUGCCUAAUGAUUUAAAAAAAUCUCCAAUACCCAACCAGGAAAUUUUUUUGUUACUUGACGCCAAGGUUAAACUGAAUGCCUCUUGGAUGAACUUUAAAGACUGGGCUUCUUUAUUUUGUUGUGAUAAUUUGACAAUGAAAUAAUUCUUUAGGAAAGUCUUCCCACAGCAGUUUUAAAUAUGAAGGAAAGAGUUACUGACCUAAGAAAGCACAAGCAAAUGCCGGAUGUAGAAAUUUUUCUUAAUGAUUUUUUUUAUUAAACCAGCUAAUAGAUAUGAGAAAAGAAAGCAUGAGUUAGUUUCAGAUGUAUCAGAUUCUCAGCACAUUGAUGUUAAAGAGAAAACAAAUAUGAUUACAAUUUUGUUAGACAGGUCAGAUGAAAGUGAAUAGGUUUGUUGAUUGAUAGAUUUAACAAGGAGAAAGAUGGAAGAAUACUUGCAGAAGGCAAUGCUGUGAAAUUUAAGAUGGAUUUCAAUGAUGCUGUCAAGGCUAGGAAGGAUUUGAAGGCUAGGGAGGAGGAGUUUAAAGAUCUUGUUGGGAAAAUUGGUGCAUUAAAUGCAAAAAAUGUUAAUCGAAAGAUAACAAGAAUUUGCCAGAAGUAGAAUAAAUUAGAAGAGGAGAAAGAAGAGGUGAUUGUAGAUUUAUCCUCAGAGUUACUUGAGAGAAAUGGAGAGCUAGCAGAGAAAAACCAGGAGAUAGAAAACUAGACAAAGCCUUCCAUGAAAAAUUGUGUACAAAACAGAAUUAAGACAUAAAUCUGUUGAAAAUAGCACCAAUAUAUUUAAUUCAAAAUUGAUGAUUUGAAAGGAAGAAUAACUGAAUUAGAGAAUGAGAAGUUGGAAAUUGAGAAAGAUUAAAUGUUUUUUUUUUUGAAAGGUGAAGAUAUUUGUUUAUUUGAAAAUGGAAAUAUGUUGAUGAGAUUCGUAUGCUGUACAGAGAUCUGCUUUGUUUAGGUGUUAGCACGAAAAAUGUUGAAGAUGCUAUUAGGAAAUGUUUGUAAGUUGUUGGAGUCAAUGUCCAUAAUCUCACAAGUCCACAUUUUCUAAGUAUAUGCUCAUGGGGCAAGGGCACUGGCACAGCUUCAUGUUUUUGAUGAAUUGAAAGAAAACUGGAGCACAUAAAACAGGACUUUGCAUUCUGAUGGAACUUC